GCAACGGCAGCAGCAGCAGCAGUUGACGAUCUGAAUGAGUGGAAUUCGUUAGUUAAUCUGCAGUUGUGUUGGUGGCAUUGGGGCAGGCGCUGUUAUAGUUUUGUAGCUGGAGCAACGUGCGCCAUUGGACAAGGUCAAGCAAGGUCUUUUUGCAUUCAGUCAAAGCAAACCAAACAAACGACGAAAGUGAAAACAAACCAAAUAAAGAAAAAAAAAUGGCACAGCUGAUGAUGAGAAAAGGCGCUUCACUGGCAGCAGCGCGCUUAAGUCCCGUUGCCGGGCAGCGUCGCUGGCAGACCAACAACAACAACAAAAAUGAUUACGAUCUGGUUGUUGUAGGUGGCGGCAUUGUUGGCGCUGCCUCAGCACGUGAAAUCCUGCUGCGUCAUCCGACGCUGAAGAUUGCCGUCCUGGAAAAGGAACCCAAACUGGCGAUGCACCAAAGUGGCCACAAUUCGGGCGUCAUCCAUGCGGGCAUCUACUACAAACCGGGCACGCUGAAGGCCCGCCUUUGUGUCGAGGGACUCCAUCUGGCGUACAAAUAUCUGGAUGAGCAUCAGAUACCCUAUAAAAAGGUGGGCAAAUUGAUUGUCGCCACCGAUGAGAAGGAGGUCAAAUUGCUGGGCGAUCUCCAUGAGCGAGGAAUGAAGAAUAAUGUGCCCGAUUUGCGCCUGAUUGAGGGUGAUCAAAUCAAGGAGGUUGAGCCGUUUUGUCGGGGUGUCAAGGCCCUGCAUAGUCCGCAUACGGGCAUCGUCGAUUGGGGUCUGGUCACCCAGCAUUAUGGUGAGGAUUUCAAGCGUGCCGGCGGCGAUAUUUAUCUUGAUUUCCAAGUCAAAAAAUUCACGGAAUCCGCAAGCGAUGGCAGCGCCGAUUAUCCGGUGACCAUUCAUGGCGGCAAGUCCGGUCAGAAGGUGCGCACCCGCAAUGUGCUCACAUGCGGUGGUCUGCAAUCGGAUACGUUGGCCGAACUGACCGGUUGUCCGCGUGAUCCGCGCAUUGUUCCGUUCCGCGGUGAGUACCUGCUGCUGUCCAAGGAGAAACAACACAUGGUCAAGGGCAACAUUUAUCCGGUGCCCGAUCCUCGUUUCCCCUUCCUCGGUGUCCAUUUCACGCCACGCAUGGACGGCUCCAUCUGGCUGGGACCCAAUGCGGUGCUGGCCCUCAAGCGUGAGGGUUACACCUGGGGCGACAUUAAUCUGUUCGAGCUGUUCGAUGCACUCCGGUAUCCGGGCUUCCUGAAGAUGGCCAGCAAGUAUAUUGGCUUCGGUUUCAGUGAGAUGGCCAAGUCGGCGUUUAUCAAUCUGCAGGUGAAGGCACUGCAGAAAUAUAUACCCGAUAUCAAUGAGUACGAUAUCCAACGUGGACCGGCGGGUGUGCGUGCCCAGGCUCUGGAUCUAAGCGGUAAUCUUGUCGAUGAUUUCGUCUUUGAUCGAGGCGAGGGCAGCGGAGCGCUGGCCAAACAGGUGCUCCACUGUCGCAAUGCUCCGUCGCCAGGCGCCACCAGCAGCUUGGCCAUUGCCAAGAUGAUUGCGGACAAGAUCGAGACGGAGUUCUCCAUUGGCAAGGCCAAGUAAGAUUAGCUCAAUACGACCACCAUCCACUUCUGAUCCGCUCCUUUGCUGUGCAUUUUUGUCCAUCACUCUCGUUUUAUCUCUAUCAAGCAUAAAGUUCCGCUCGCUGUACAAAAAAAACCGAAUCGAAAAUAGUUAUAGUAAAUAUUUUAUGCUUUUUAGAAAGUUAAUUUGCUUUUAUUGUUGUAUCAGUGUUUUUUACAUUUGUAAUUGUUAUCCCUUUUGUUAUCCUUGUUUUCCUUAUACAUAUUGCUAAGCAUUUGUCACUCAUAUUCCACGAUUUUUAGUUAUUAUCUUUUUAUAAACUGCCCUUUCAAUAUUAAAUCAUUUAAAAUCAAUUCGGAUAUUAUAACAAAAUUUCUCACACCAAAGUUGUUCACCAAAAAAGACUAAGAAAAUUGCUUACAAAUAACAAAAAGAAUAAUUAUAAUUUUAAUACCACUUUCAUUCACAAAAGAGACUAAAGAAAAUAAAAAAUUUU